AUGAUAAUCAAAAGCUAUGAUUUGUUUCGUUGUUCUUUGUGCACUGUCGAUAGUGCAGUCUGCAGCAUUUGACGAGAGGCAACCUAAUAUCAUUUACAUCCUGAGCGAUGACCUGGGACAUGCAGACGUCGGUUUUACUGGAGGGAGAAUCAAAACACCAAACUUGGAUAAACUGGCAAAGGAAGGUGUGCUCCUAAAACAGCACUACGUCCAGCCGAUUUGUUCUCCAACUCGAAGUGCCCUAAUGUCAGGCAGGUAUCCAAUACACACAGGAUUUCAACAUAGCGUCAUCCAUCCCGGGGAACCCUGGGGUCUUCAUCUGGACGAGACCAUCAUCCCUCAGAUACUUAAGGAGUAUAACUACUCAACUCAUGCUGUGGGAAAGUGGCAUCUUGGUAUGCACACAUGGUCCUACACCCCUGCACAUCGUGGGUUCGAUGACUUCUUUGGGUACUAUCUGGGAAGUCAGGACUACAACACCCACAUAAGGGGCGGAGGAUAUGAUCUGAGAGACGAUUACUGGACUAAGAAAGGCAAGUUCGUUGACGAUGUGAGAUACGAUCUGAAGGGACAGUACAGCACGGAGCUUUACACUCAGCGGAUGGUAGAUCUGAUCUCUGACAAGAAGGCUCAAAAGAACCCCUUCUUUAUUUAUAUGGCUUAUCAGAACGUACACGCUCCUCAUAUGGUCCCUCAACGGUACAUAGACCAGUAUUCGACCCAUAUAAAAGAUGGACAGGAAAAAACCUUCGCAGCGAUGGUCAGUGCAAUGGACGAAGGGAUAGGAAACAUAACCGCAGCACUGGAAGCAGCAGGUUUGGCUGAAGUAAGAGAUAUUUACCCUCUGUAG